GUGACUCUCCGGCAGCAUUUAGACACAACGAAAGGAUCAUGGCGGAUGGCCCCAGGUGUAAGCGCAGAAAGCAGGCGAACCCGAGGAGGAACAACGUGACCAACUACAACAAUGUGGUGGAGGCCGGCUCGGAGUCAGAUGACGAGGACAAGCUGCACAUCGUGGAGGAGGAAGGCAGCCUGGCGGACGGGGCCGACUGCGACAGCACCCUGCCAGACGAGGAGCACCCCAGGGAGCGCUGCUGGGACCGAGUGAAGGAGGACUGUGCGUCAGACGGCGAGGAUGACAGCACAGACGCCUUGGUGGAGGAGAUGCUCCAGCAAGGAGACACGGCAGUCAUCUACCCAGAAGCCCCGGAGGACGAGCCCCAACGCCACGGCACCCCAGACGCCAGCAUCCAUGACGAGAACGGAACUCCAGACUCCUUCUCUCAGCUGCUCACCUGUCCGUACUGCGCGCGCGGCUACAAGCGUUACAGCUCCCUGAAGGAACACAUCAAAUAUCGGCACGAGAAGACCGAGGAAUGCUUCAGCUGCCCCGAGUGCAGCUACACCUUUGCACACCGCUCUCAACUGGAGAGACACAUGACGGCCCACAAACCCGGACGGGAUCAGAGACACAUCACACAGUCGGGAGGCAAUCGCAAAUUCAAGUGCACUGAAUGUGGCAAAGCAUUUAAAUACAAGCACCAUCUGAAGGAGCACCUACGCAUCCACAGCGGAGAGAAACCCUACGAGUGUUCCAACUGCAAGAAGCGGUUCUCCCACUCGGGCUCGUACAGCUCCCACAUCAGCAGUAAGAAGUGCAUCAGCCUCAUCUCAGUCAACGGCAAACCACGCUUGGCCAACAGCAAAACCCAGACCCAGGGUCCAACACCAAUCCUCCCCACGUCACCCUCUGUCCUCCGCACCCAGAUCAGGGAGAAGCUGGAGCACAGCAAGCCCCUACAGGAGCAGCUGCCCCUCAACCAGAUCAAGAGCGAGCCUGUGGACUUCGAGUACAAGCCGACGGUGAUGACGUCUCCGACUGUGGCUGGCAUGAACGGCGGGGUUUUCAACGGAGGCGCCGCAGCUCCCCUGCAUGGCACAGUGCAGGCCGUGGUCCUGCCCACUGUGGGUCUGGUGUCGCCAAUCAGCAUCAACCUAGCAGACCUGCAGAACGCUCUCAAAGUGGCUGUGGACGGUAACGUCAUUCGCCAGGUGCUGGAAAGCAACGCCAAAGGCCAGGGGCAGAUGAACUCUGGGUUAACCACUGGAACGCUCCACCCAACGCAGCAGCAACUCAUCUCAGCCAUCAGUCUGCCUAUUGUGGGUCAGGAUGGAAAUGCAAAAAUCAUUAUAAACUACAGCUUGGACCCCAACCAGGGCCAGCUCACAGCCCAAAACCUGAAGAAAGAGCCUGAGCCGAUAUCAGCAGCUCAGCUCACUGAGACCUACAAGUCCCAGAAACUCCCAGAAGAUCUUACCAUCAAGGGCACCAGGCCCACUGAGACUAAAGAAGAGGAAAUGACCACUAAAACUUGUCUCCUGUGUGAUAACUGUCCCGGGGGGCUGGAAGCACUGCAUGCCCUCAAGCACUGCAAGAAGGAUGGUCUCAAGCUGAACGGAGCAGGCCUGGAUAAGUCUGAGUCUGCUGUUGCUGCUCUGCUGUCAGAGGGAGGACUUUGCAACCAGCCCAAGAACCUCUUGUCCCUGCUCAAGGCUUACUUUGCCUUGAACGCUGAGCCCACCAAGGAUGAGCUGGCCAAGAUCUCAGACUCUGUCAGCCUGCCAAUCCAUGUGGUCAAGAAGUGGUUUGACAAAAUGCAGGAAGGUCAGAUAUCACUAGGUGCCCCAACCCCUCCUUCAGAGGAAGAGGAUACCUGUGAUGCUAACAGUGUGGUGUCUCUGGUCCCAGGGAAGGACAUGGCCACUAUGGGUCCUUCUGUGACCCAGGACAGCCCUACAGAAGCAACCCCAGCCGAGGUUAACGGCUCCCACAGCUCCCCCGCCUCCCCCUCGCCACUAAACCUGACAGCUGACGGUCCCGUCCCAGCCCAGCCCCCCCAGAGCACUGAGGGACCCCUAGACUUGUCGCUGCCAAAGCCCGACAGAGAAGAAACAGAGAGAGCGUUGACUAAAGCCUGUGUUUACCCCUCCCCUUCCUCUGGCUCUACCAAUCAGGAUGAACCUCUCAAUCUAACUUGCACAAAGAAAGAGGCAUCGCCACUCUCAGCCAUGAGCAGCCGCCAUAUUGCAAUGUACGCCAGCCAGCCAAGUGCCAACCCCCUCAACAUAGUGACCACUCAGCUCCCCACUCUGGUGACUAUCGGCGAACAGGGCCACAUGCAAUGCCUAAGGGCCCUAACCACCAACAACAAACAGACUAUCCUGAUCCCUCAGCUGGCUUACACUUAUACCACUACAGCUAACAGCCCUGCUGGGACAGAGACACACGAAACCAUCCACCUCAACGGCAUCAAGGAGGAGAAGCUUGACACAGGCUCAGAAGGUGUGUCCACUUUAGAGGAGCACAACGACUCCGACUCGGGCCCCGCAAGGAAGAAGAUGAAGAAGACGGACAGCGGCAUGUACGCCUGCGACCUGUGCGACAAGAUCUUCCAGAAGAGCAGCUCGCUGCUCAGACACAAAUACGAACACACAGGGAAGAGACCUCACGAGUGCGGCAUCUGCACCAAGGCCUUCAAACACAAACACCACUUGAUCGAACACAUGCGACUCCACUCGGGGGAGAAGCCGUACCAGUGCGACAAGUGCGGCAAGCGCUUCUCCCAUUCGGGCUCCUACUCCCAGCACAUGAACCACCGCUACUCCUACUGCAAGAAGGAGACGCAGAGCCAAGGAGAGGGCAGCGAGAGCCCCGAGGUGGACGGCGAGGCCCGGGCCGAGCUGGAGGCCUUGAGCCAGACGCUGCCUCUGCGCCUGGCUCCGUCCCAGCUGGACUCGGACGAGCGAGGGAGCAGCACCAGAGAGGAUGAGGAGAGCGAGGAGUACGAGGAGGAGGAGGAAGAGGGCGCAAUUGACAUGGAUGACAUCCAGGUGGUGCAGAUAGGAGAUGAAGGAGGGGAUGAGGAGGAGGAGGAAGAGAGGAAUGAGGAAGAGAUGGAGACUGUAGCGGCGGAGAAGACAGAGAUAGAGGAGGAAGAGGAGGCUGACACAAGGCAGGAGGCGGAGGAGGAGGAGCAGGUGGUGCACGGGGGUGAUAAAGAGGAGGAGGGGGAGGAGGAGGAAGUCAAGGUGGAAGGUGAAGAGGCGAUGGCUACAGAAGAAGGGUUGACAGAAGAGGGAAGAGCAGAGGAGGAGGAGGAGGAGGUCACGGAGGAGAGCGGAGGCGAAACAAACAGGAACACGGUCUCUGAAGACGAGAAGCAGACGCAGCAGGAGAAAGGAGAUACUGACUAACAGAGGAAUCAGACUCCUCCACCGCAAUCAGAUUCCUCCUCUCUCUCCCCGCACAGAGGACGAACGCUGGAGACGACGUCUGCUUCCUUUUGACAGUUUGUUUCAGUUCACUACUGUGUAGAAAUCCAGGUGUGCCUGAAAAAAAAAUACUAGUGACUUUUCCCUACAGGAGAACCAUUUCUCACUGUUAGAAAAAUCCAUUUGUAAAGAAAAAAAGAUGAAGACGAACAUGAAUUUUAACAAACGAAGGAAAUGCAUUAUACAGACUUUGGAAGCUAGAGCCGACACGUUUUAGAUAAUGUUUUAUUACUAAAACACCUUGGGUCAUUUCUUUUUAUCAGUGUUACUAAUUUUAUCACUCAUAUUUUAACCUUUAAAAGCUGUACAGUUGGGAGAUAUUUCUAUACCUUUUUAUUGCCAAUGAACAAAAAAAAAAGUCAGUAUUUUAUUAAGUUGGAAGGAAAAUAAGAAAAAAAAUCCUGUGCACUACAAGUGGCUUGGUUUACCUAUGGAUCGAGCAGUUGAGUUGUGUUGUCUACCCUUCAGUAUUACCCGCACUAGAGAUACCACGCCAUCACAUUAGUUUUGUUUUUGCUGUUGUUUCCAUGGAUUGUGAGCCUUAAGAAGAAAAACAACAGAGAGCGGACGGGUCUUUUCAGCCAUUGACUUUCUUUUGAGAUUCUUUUUUUUUUUUUUUUUUGUCAGUGUUUCCUUUACAAAUCAGUGUUAUUAAAGGAACAGUUUGACAUUUUGAGAAAUAAGAGAGUAAGAUGAGAAGUGGGUGACUCAACAUAUUUCCACAAAAUGUCAAACUGUUUUUAAAUCUAUGUUCAGAGCGAGCAGAAAGGGGAUGUAGAAAACAUUUUGACCCACACUAUACCCAACCCUAUCCCUUCCCUACCCCCCACCCCCACUCCGAGCCUUAUGCAAAAAAAAAAAAUCAAACAUAAAGAGAGACAUGCAUAUCAAAAGUGCCAUUGAAUACUGCUGUUGAAGCUUAGCAGCUAUGAUCAGGUAUUGCCGGGUCCCAGAUCAAACCAAUAAGCCGGAAAUACUGUUGACUUUGGCUCGCCACAACACCUGAGAGAGUAGAAUCUAGCCUACCGCAUAGUUCAUGUAUCAUAGAGUUUAGAUAUAAGUUGCUUUUUAUUUCUAAAUCUGAGCGACUAAAACAAUUUUACAAUGCAAACGUUUUCAAACAGAUGAUGAUGAUGAAGAUGAUGAUGAUGAUGAUGGAUUUCUAAUCGUUAACUGUGUCCUGCCUUUUUUUUUUUUUCAAACGCUUAUUCUGUGCACUUGUUUAACACACCACGAAACGCUCAGAUGUCUCUUCAGGUAACAAAAUGUAGGUAAAUAUGAAUCCCAUGAGUUUUAAUUCAACAAUGUUUUUACCUGUCAGUAUUAUUUUUUUGUUUUUUGUCUCUUCUGUUGUUUUAUGUUCUGUUUCAGUGUGUGUACUGUAUGUUUUCAACAGUUGCAGUAUUAUCCCCUCCCCCAAUGAGAUGGGUAUGUCUGUUUAGUCAUAGAGAACUUUUAUAUUUAUGUGUCUUAUUUUUUAUAUUUCUUUAUGGUUAUUUAUUACACUAUGUAGUGUACAAUACUGUAGUUUGUAUUAAUACGAUAAUAUAUUUUAGUAUGGAAAAAAAAACGAUUCAAAGGCAAAUAACUACAAGCCUGGAAAAAUGAGACUCCGGCGUACUGAAGUAUGUUUUUCGAACAAAUAAAUGAAGUUUUUCCUCCUGGGGGGAAAAAAUUCGCACCCUGCAAGCCUGAAAAAUUGGAACCUGUGACCUCUCUGCAUCCAUUCUCAUGUUAGUUUAGUUUUCUUUCCCCCUCUCUAAUAUGAAGCUACUGAACUUUUUGAAAAAUAAUUGUAUGUCUAAUAGCAUGAGUGUGCUGUUUAUUGAAGGAUGAUCCUUAACCACACAAACUGUCCUUUUUGCCAAGCCAAAAUAAUAUUGAUGUAUGUUCUUAUGUUUUUAUUUGUGCCAAUUUGUUACUUUAUAUGUCAGUGUCAAGACCACGCCCACUUUUAUAUGCCUCCCCCCCUCCCCUCCUUUAACACCCUCAUCUUUUUUUUAUAGUGAUUGUUUUUGUUUGUUUUCUUUUUUUUUGUUUUGUUUUUUAUGACUCCCCAUCUCACAAUAAAAUACAUCAAUUACAAGCUGCUGGGUUUGUGAUGAUACUGUUAUUGAGAGUUGGGAAAAAAAGAAUCAUGUAAUAUUAUAAGUUAA